AAUGAGUAUUAAUCGGCUUAAAACAUCAAAAGACAGGUUUACCUGUGGAAAUGUCUGGAGGAAACAUAGCCAGAAGAUGGAGGCAGCUUAGCGGGCAACAAAAGUGGCAGGGCCUCCUUGAGCCUCUAGACAAUGAUCUCCGUCAAUACCUCAUCCACUAUGGUGAUUUGGCUCAAGCUACAUAUGACAAUUUCAUUAUGCAGAAGUAUUCACAGUUUGCAGGGGACAAUAGAUUUUCAAUGAAAAAUUUGUUUUCCCGGGUUGGUCUAGGCAUGCGGAACAAUCAAUUUGUUUAUAAACCUGUCAAGUACUUAUAUGCAACCUCCAAAGUUGAUGUCCCACAAAGUUUCAUUAUGAGUCCAGCAUCCACAUCAAGGGCUGUGCCGAAUGGAGAAUCGAAUUGGAUCGGAUACAUAGCAGUAGCUACCGAUCAGGCGAAGGAGAAAUUGGGCAGGAGGGAUAUAGCAGUUGCAUGGCGAGGAACACUCCAGCCUCUGGAAUGGAUCAAAGAUUUUGAUUUUCCUUUGACGUCUGCUUCUGAUGUUCUAGGAGGACAUAAUGAUGCUCAAGUUCAUCAAGGAUUUCAUUCAGUUUAUACAUCAGAUAAUCCUCAGUCACAAACUAGCAAAACUAGUGCCAGGCAGCAGGUCUUGGAUGGACUGAGGGAGCUGGUGAAUAAAUUUGAGAAUGAGGAGAUCAGCGUGACUGUAGUAGGGCACAGUCUGGGUGCAGCACUUGCAACUCUUAGUGCAGCUGAUAUUGUAGCCAAUGGGUUCAACAGAACCGACAAACAAGCAAAUAAGAGCUGUCCUGUUACAGCCUUUGCCUUCGCCUGCCCACGCACAGGGAAUCGGGGAUUCAAGCAAGUCUGCGACUCCUUGGAGGAUCUCCGUAUUCUACGGAUCACAAAUACUCCUGAUAUGGUACCCAAAGUUCCACCACUGAUAGCAGGUUAUAGCGAGGUUGGAGAAAAUCUAGAAAUCGACAGCCGAAAAUCUAUGUACCUGAAGCCCACAGGAGGGUUCAUAUCUUGGCAUAACUUGGAGACAUAUCUGCACACAAUUGCCGGAACACAAGGGAAAAGGUCUGCGUUUCGUUUAGAAUGUCAACGAGACAUUUCAUUGGUGAACAAGAAUUUGGAUGCUUUAAAGGAGAAAUACAUGGUGCCCGGUAAUUGGUGGUGUGGCCUAAACAAUGGGAUGAUUCAACAGGAGGAUGGUCUUUGGAAGCUAUUUGAUCGUGACAAGGAUGAUGAGUAAGAUGGCUACUCUGCUAAAACAGAAGCAGCAACUACUGUAUGGAAUAAAAAUAAAUUUAAAAACUUAACUAAUAAUUCAGGACUGAGAUUGUGAUUCAAUCAAUCCCUUGAACCUACAAUGAAUCCAGUAAGUUGUUAUCCGGUUAUUCUAAUUGAAGUUUAUGUAUGAAUCAAAUAUAGUCCCAAUUAUUUUAUGUUUGAA